AUGCUCACCACUAUACCACCAACGCUGCACAGCCCGGGCCGCCCCCGGACGCCGGCCCAGGCUCCGCACCAGCGCCUCCUCGCCCUCUCGCCACCGCCUCCGCCUGCCGCAGCCCUGCCCCGACGUGCCGGCCGGCCGCAGCUCUGCGCCGUCGCGGGCGCCACCAGCGGCCGCCCGGCGCCCCACCCGCGCCACCCCCACGCAGCCCUGGCUGCUCCGCAGGCACGACCGCCCGCCGCCUCCGCCGCCCGCCUCUGGGGGGCGCUCUCGCCGCCCUGCGGCUCCCGGGCCCUCGGCUGCCCGCCGGGGAGCCCGCCCCUUCCCGGCAGCCGGGCAGCUGUCCGUCGCGUGAGCGAGGAGCCCGUGGCGGCCAGCCUCCCGUCAGGAGGUCCCGGCUGGGCUGGGCCGAGCCCGCACGCGCCAGGGCGCCAGGGCGCCAGGGCCGACGAGGAAGGGCAGGGGCGCGGCGGCGGCGCCCGCGACCAAAAGAGGGCGUGUCUCGCCUCCCCGUCGGGGAAUCGAACCCCGGUCUCCCGCGUGACAGGGGGGAUACUCACCACUAUACUAACGAGGACGGCGGCGGCGGCCGCCCGGGCGCCCGACCCCUCUCCGCCCGCCCGCCCGCCCGCCGGCCUGCCUGCCUGCCCACGCCCACCCGGGCCCUCGACGUCCCGCGCGCCCGUCCUGCCAGGCGCCCGCCACGUGCCCCGGGCCACGGCCCACCCGGCCCGACCCCCCGGCCGCCGCGUCAGCGCGCACAGCAGUCCCCCGGCCCGACUCGGAGCGUCGCGCCCCCGGACCCGCCGCCGCCCCCGCCCCGCCCAGCCGCGCGGGGAUGGCGGCGGGAGAAGACGCCCGACACGGCAAGCAGGGCUGCGCGAGCGAGCCGGAGGCCCCGCGCCGGGGAUGGGGGGCGGGGGCGGGGGCGGCGGGGGCGGCGGGGGGCCGGACGCCGGCAGCAGGGUGCGCGCCGGGAAGGGGGAGGGGGCGGCGGCGAGGACCGCGGCGAGGGCGGCGGCGCCAGCAGAGUCAGUCGGCGGGCCGUUGGCCUCGUCGACCGGGACGCGAGUCCCGUCCGUCCGUCCGUCCGUCCGUCCGUCGCGCACCCACACGGCCGCCAGCCAGCUCCGGGGUCGGCGCCGGGUCCCAGCCAGGUCGCAGUCUCCCCUGGAGGCGUGGGUUCGAAUCCCACUCCUGACACGCCCACCUUUUGGCCCGCCCAACGCGGGCUCUCCGCACCCGGGCCUGGACGACGCCCUGUCUGUCCCGCCUUACACGCCGCUGGGGCUGCGGGCUGCGGGCCAGCCGCGGGCCGAAAUGCCGGCAGCCCCGCGCGGGCCGGGCCACGCUCCCACUGAGGGGCGCGCCUCGCUCGCCUCCUCGCUCUCCCAGCCCCGCCCUACACCUCCCCCGCCCGCCCGCCGGGAGCGCGGGGUCCCCACGGCCUGUCCUUUCCGCCGGCCCCCAUUCAUUCCGUGGUCUCCACCCCCUCCGUCCCCGGGGCGCCCACGAGGCGUGGCCACCCGGAGGCCUCACCACGGCCACACGCCCGCCAGGCGGGCAGCCGAGCCCUCCGCGCGCCAGCCAGAGACGGGACCCCCGCCCCGUUCGCUGGGCCUGGCCCGGGGGGGCGGGGUGGGGUCCACCCCGCCGUGGUGGCUCCGGGGAGCCCUGAGCGCAAGGACGCCAGCGCGCUCCCUCACCGCGCCGCCCGCCAGCCAGCCAGCCGGCGGCCGCUCCGCCCAAGCGCACCUGCCGGCCUCACCCCCACCGCAGCCCAGCCGGCCCCGACGGAGAGCUGCGGGCAGAGCUCACACGCCUUUCUUUGGCCUCUUGGCUUGGGCGCUACUCGGCGGCCCCAUCUCCGACGACGACACCGACGCCGACACGCACACACGCGCCCCCCCCCCCCCCCCCCCCCCCACCCCGCGGCACCCCGGGAGCGCACACAAUCCGAGCUCCGGGCCCCAGCCGGCCCCCGCCGGCGCGCACUGCACGGGCCGGAGAGCCAUCCGCCCAUGGGCCUUCGGGGGGGCGCCGGGAGGGAAGGGAAGGUCCGCGCUGAGCUGCGCCGGCCACAGACGCCCCGCGCUGCCUGGGAAUCGGGCGCGGGUCAGGCUUGGCCAGGCUGCUCCUCCCGGCAGGACAGUGUGGCGGCGGCCCCGCCCCAGGGAGAGGGCGCAGGGUGAGCCGAGUCCGCCUCGGGGCCUCGCUGGGACCGUGGGCGCCGCGCGCCGGCCCGAGCCCGAGCCCGAGCCCGAGCCCGAGCCCUCGGCGCAUCUGCACGGGCGCGGAGCCUGUCUUGCAGACCGCGGGCCCGCCGCCCGCCCCCGCGCAGCGGGUGCUCACCACUGGCCGUGCCGGGACGACGACGAGCGCCGCUGGGGAAGCCGUCUGGUGGCCGCCGCCACCGGUGCAUGGGUGGUUCAGUGGUAG